AUGUUGCUUUGCGGCAUCGUGGACGAAUUGCGCCGCAGUAUGCGCCAAGAAGACCGUCUGUCCUUCUUCUUUUGCGAGGCCGGUAGCAAGAACGCCGAGGGUGCUGCCGCCGUCCUGCGCAGCAUCAUCUACCUACUCGUCAGCCAGCAGAAAUCACUUGUCAGCAAGGUGCUACAAGAGUACAAAAAGGUCGACCCUAAACUGUUCGAGGGCCCAGGGGCUUGGUAUGCCCUGCGCGGUAUUUUUCUGAGCUUCUUUCCGGAGCUGCGACAAGAAGACACCGAAGGCGUGACUUAUUUCAUCAUUGACGCGCUAGACGAAUGUGGGGAGGAUCUCGAGAGGCUGGUGUCCUUUAUCUCUGAAGCGUCAAGGCUUCCUGGCGUCAAGUGGCUGGUGGCCAGUAACCGUCGGGCAGACGUGGCGAAGCAUCUCAAAGUCGGGGAGACCAGGCUGCAUCUAGACCUAGGCGACUGCACCGCCGAGUUAACCCAGGCCAUUAACAACUACAUCGAUUGGUGCGCCUCGAAGCUGGCGCACGGUUUAGAGGGCAACGGCCUCCGUGAACAGAUCCGUAGAAGCUUGCGAGAGAAAGCUGGGACGACUUUCCGGGAAGUAACACUUGCCCUCGCAGAGCUUCAAGCGGUGCCCAUCUUUGAACUGCCAGAGAGCUUGUGCAGACAAGCCUCGGACCGUAUCCAGCACCUGAACCCGGAGACUCGCCACCUUUGCUGCAGCGUCCUGGCCACAGUUGCCAUCGCCCAUCGGCCCCUAAAGCCGCAAAGAACUCCACGCUCUGGCUGGACUUUCCUUCAACGAUACCGCCGAGGAUAUUAUACCCAAUCGGCAAGGGAGUUUCUCUCUAACGACCGGCUUCUGUUUCCCAACGGCUUCGAGAACGAGCACUCCCGUGUUUUCAUGCGGUCCUUGACGCUUAUGGAAGCGUCGUUACAUCGCGACAUGUAUAGCCUCUACGAUUUCGGGUUGCUUGCUGUCGAUAUUGAGGUCCCCGAGCCUAACCCGCUGGACGCGGUCGGCUACGCCUGCGAGUACUGGAUUGAGCAUCUUGUCGCGAGUAACUACGACGGCCCCGAUAUCAAUGACGGCGGUGCUCUCUCCGCAUUCCUUGAGACGAAUGCAUGGGCCCAGACGCUGGACCUAAGUGAUGCCGAACCCGAGGUUGUUGGACCGGUCAACUUCUCUCCCGAUGGUGCCUGGCUGGCUGCCGCACUAAAAGGGAAUUACAAUGGAAAGACGGUACAGAAAGUCCGGGUUUGGGAUAUGGCAACCGGGAACAGUGUCUGGACCCUCGAAAAUGCGAGUAGCUGGGUGGCCUUCCCCCCUAACCACUCCCUACUAGGGACCAUCACUAGCCCGGGAGAGGUCAGAUUUUGGGACCUAGCUAAGGGCGUCUGGAAAGAUCGUAUAAUUUACGGCUUGAAUACUGCGGGUGCCGCCUUUUCGCCUGACGGUGUCUGGCUGGCCGCCGCAGACGGAAACCGUAUUUGCGUCCAGGAUUGGGCUGAAGGGCGCUGCACGAGCUGGUUCCGGCAUGAGUCGACCAGUUGUCCCUUUUCACUUGCAUAUUCGGCUAACGGUGCUCGGCUUGCUUCAGCGCAUACAAAAGAGGUACGGGUAUGGAAUCUCCAGUCGCGUAGUCUUCUCCAGUGCAUCAAUAUGGCAGAUACCAAUUUGAUCGCAUUCUCUAUGGAUACCGCUAGCGACAAGCUUAUAUUGACGAGCAACGAGUCAUUAGCGAUAUGGAUCCUCGAGACGGGAGAACUCAUCAAUGAGGGGGCAUUUCCCUCUGAAGUUGGAGCGGUGACUAUCUCCGCCAACGGAAUUCGUGUUGCGCUAGUACAGGACGGCCUGAUCAUGACCGGGGACAAGGCACAGUUACGCAUGCAGAGGAUUCGCGACGACAACCAGCACGUCCGGUCGCUCGUCUUGUCACCCAACUUUAACCAGAUUGCAUCGAUCGGCGCAUUUGGACUCAGGCUCUACUGGGCUAGUACUGUAUCCAACGACUUCUGCAACGUGGUGCCGAGUCGCCCGCGCGAGAUCCAAGGACCCUACAGCGGCAUCCUCGAUGUAGCGCUCUCUCCAGAUGGCACUCGGCUUGUAUCUAUAUCUAGCCGUCAGGACGCUGCUAUCUGGGACGCAGAAACUGGAAGCCGUCUCCAAACCAUUCCAGAUUCUGGCCUCGCAGCAUCGUUCUCGCCCAAUGGUGCUGAUGUCGCCCUGUUGACAACAACGGGAAAGCUCAAAGUCUGGAGCCUCGCGCACCAGAGAUACACCCGGGUCUUUGAGCAGCCGGCGUCUGGUGAAUCUGCGUCCGGGUCCGUCGCGUUUGCCCCGGAUGGCCGGAUCACGACGUCGUUUGAACAUAUGAUUAGGGCCUGGAAGAUGUUUCACCGGUUGCAGAUGGAGACAAUGGCGGACGAUGCCGCGGCCAAGGCGCUUGUUUUCUCGUCCAAUGGCCGCCAACUCGCGGCCUUGUACGCCGACAAAAUCAAAAUCUGGGACCCGGCGAGGGGAUGUUGCCUCCAGACGCUUGACACAGGCAGAUAUUGCGCCAACCUGGCAGCCUUCGGCGCGGCCAGAUCCUGGCUUUUGACCGACGUAGGUCUUGUCCUCCUCGACAAAACGCCGACUGAAAACGGGAAUGGGCAACGCGAGCUUCCUCAGCUUCGCUAUCAGGGCUACGGGGUCGACGUCGAAAGCGGUUGGGUUACGUGGGGCUCGGAGAAAGUACUGUGGUUACCGCCGGCCUACCGCCCGGAUAGUGCGGCGGUAAUCCUUCCAACACCUGAAGCGUUGACGCCGUCGGCCCUUGUUCUGGGUUGUCGAUCAGGUCGAGUGGCUGUGCUCCGGUUUCCGACUGGGUUGCUGCCAGGUCUCAGCAGCUAG